AUGGCGUGCGCCCAGACCACCCAGCUCCUGCUGGAUCCCCCCUGGACGCCGGCGGUGCUGUGGGACGAGGUGACCCUGACCUGCCAGGGCUCGGGGACCCCCGGGGACACCACCUGGUUCAGGAAUGGGCGGCCCUGGGGGCAGAAGGGACGCGACAGUGUCCUUGUCACCAAGGAAGGCUCCUACAAGUGUCACAGAGACGGCGCCGGGUUCAGCCCCACCGUGCCCGUGUUAAACGAAUGGCUGGUGCUGCAGGUCCCGGCGGGGCCGCUGCUGGAGGGGGACAACGUGACCCUGCGCUGCCGGGCCCGAAACAAGUUUAUCACCGACGUGCGGUUCUACCACGAGGGGAAGGACCUGAAGGGGACGGAGCUGUCCCUACCCCCGCUGCAGCUGCACCACGGGGGUCGGUACCACUGCGGGGGCAAGUGGAUGAGGUUCGAGGUGUCGGAGCAGGUGACAGUGACAGUGCGCGAGCUCUUCCCGGUGCCGGUGCUGGAGGGUCCCUCCGAGCCCACCGAGGGGUCCCCCCUGAACCUCCGGUGCCUCAGCCCCCCCAGCCCCCUGCGGCCCCGUGCCCGCCUCCUGCACCUCUUCUACCGGGACGGGGUGCUGGUGGGGGGCCCGCAGGGGUCCCCCCAGUUCCACGUGCCCGCCGUGGGGGUCUCCCACUCGGGGGGUUACACGUGCGAGGUGCGCUCCGGGGACGGUUCCGUGCGGAAGAGCAGCGCCCGGCUCCGCGUCGCGGUGCGCA